AUGGUGGCCGCGCACCCCGCAGACGGACUCAGCGGACAAUUGUGUCGGAGAAAGGUCAAAUGUGACAAGAAGAAGCCUUGCGACGGCUGCUCCAAGGCCGGCGUGGAAUGCGUCUAUCCUAUGGGACGCGCAAGUCGACGACAAGGCACUCCUGAUCCUGAGCUGACCAACAGAUUGAAAAGGCUUGAGGACGUGGUCAGGAGGCUUGGGUCAUUUAUCGGAGAAGAAGGAAUACAACAGGCCCUCCAGAACGCCCCUCCGCAGUCGCCCCACGGGCCCCAGCAAUCCGCUUCCGCUUCCGAUAAAAAUCCCUCUGCCACUCCGCCGCCUGUGUCCAUGGAACAGGAUCGAUAUGAGAAGCCUCAAAAGCUCGGCGGCGAACACGAUACAACUGAAGAUCCAGGGUACGAUGCUGACUUUGAGUCUCUCGAGUCUCAUGUCUUGGCCCACAACUUCGAUUCCAUCUUCGGGAACAGCACCGCGCAACCUGUGGAUAUUUGCACGUUGCACCCUACCUCUGGAGCAUAUCGUUGGAAGAUGUGGUCUUUAUACAAGCAAAAUGUCCAUCCGGUCGUCAGUUUGUUUCAUCUCGCCUCUUUGGAGCAAUGGUUCCAAGAAUCAACCGAGGUGGCAUUCGGCAUACCACGAAACAUGGAACUCGCCAUGUUCUGCAUAUACCACGGGGCUGUUACCAGUAUAGACGACGAGGAUUGUCAAUCUUUAUUCGAUAUGGACCGCAGCCAUCUCAUCGCAAAGUAUAGGCUCGGUGUGGAGAAGUGUUUGGUUAGGGCUGGCUUCAUGCAUACAGAUGAUCGACUAGUCCUUGAGGCGCUCUGCGCUUUCCUGAUUAUCCUCCGCCGCCACGAUGCGAGGCUAUCUUGGAAAUUAUCCGGGCUCGCUAUCAGGCUGUCCCAGUCUGUAGGAAUCCAUCGUGAUGGAAGCGCACUUCGUCUUCCCUUUUUUGAGGCCGAGAUGCGGCGCAGGCUUGCGUGGCAACUAUGCAACAUCGAUGCACCGGCUCAGGAAGAUUACGCUUGUGAUCCAUCCAUGCUCGAGAUGAGCAGCUUCGAUGCUGGGAUGCCCAUCAACGUGAAUGACUGUGAUCUUACUCCCGAUCUGCUAGAGAGACCACCGGAGAGGCAUGGCUUCACUGACAGCACAUUUCUUAGGGUGCACGUUGAGGUUACGCGUCUCUGGCGGUAUGUAUUCGACUCUCGACGGCCUCGAGACCGAGGCGAGAAAUCAGUAGAAUCCAUGACGGAUACCGAGAAGGAUGAGUGGCUCGAGCAAUGUCAUCAACGUCUCCACCAAGGUUAUCUGAAGUGUCUGUCACUAUCGGAUCCAUUGCAAUGGGUCUCGGCAUUGUAUGUGCGGUGCAUGCUUCUUGAACUGAAGCUCAAUGUAUUCAAGCCGUUGCAGAACCCAGCGAGAUUCAAUACCGCGAGGCGAAACGAGCUUUUUCUUUGCUCUCUCGAAUGUAUCGAAGCAUCGUACCGACUUCAACAUGACCGUCGCAGUGAAAAGUGGGCAUGGUUUUUCAAGUCUUACAACCAGUGGCAUGCUCUCGCCUUUGUACUUCACGAACUACGCGAACGGAGGGCCGGCAGCAGUGCCGGUAAUGCAUGGCGCGCGGUAGAGCGGGUCAUGGCAUCUAGAUGGGAAACGCCGUGCGAGAAUUACCGAGGUGGGCAUCAGUGGAACACUAUCUUGCGCAUGUGGGAGGCUGCCAGGGCGGAGAAUCGCAAGGUCAUGCGGUCUCCUCACCAAGACACCGAGACUUCUAUGGGCGGCCUACGCCCGUCAUCAGCGGCAAUGACUGAGGGCAAUAUGAGCCGAACACCUCUGAAGGCUCCUGCAUUUACGACGGCAUCUUCCGAUCCAGCAAAUACAAUGUUCCUAUCAGGUGGUACAAGAUGCAGUGGCGUCGACUUUCAAGAGUAUGCUUCUUCUGAAGAGAUGCCAUUAUUCCCGAAACAGGCCAACUUCUCGAUGAUUGAUAUAGAAGAGUCCCCUGAAGACAGAUACAGCACCGUGUUUAGUGGUAAGACUCUGGUGAUACCGGGAGUAGACGAUUGGACGGAAGGAUUUGAAAUAGACUUAGAGCUAUGA